AUGAUUACAAAAGUUUCCAAGAGGCCACGAAUCAACGUCGACGAUUGUCCUUUAGAAGAAUCCGACUCGGACCAAGACGAACUCAAACGACCUCAACAACCCUCCCCAGUGAACCCUCCACCCGCUCCUCUAGCCCCCACGCCUUCGCCCGAUCCCGUAACGAGUCCAGACCCUGAUUUGGACGUCGAGGAGGACACGCAGGGGGAAGCCCCUGAAAAUUUGUCCAUUAAAAGGGAGAAACCCCCCAGUCCGGAAACGCCUCCGCACCAACAACCGACGAAUUUCUUGCAUUUUCAUCAACAAUUCGGGCAGUUUCCUCCACAGUAUCAACCGCCGUUCUCCCAACGGAGUCCCAUCGAUGUAUUGAUGAGGGUGUUUCCUGGGAGGAGAAGAUCCGACGUCGAGGCGCUUUUGCAAAGGUGUAAAGGUGACGUCCUUCAAGCAAUGGAACUAAUGGUCAGCGGUGCCCACGAAGACAUGUCAACGCCAUCGGCGUUCUCACCACUAGGUCCACCUACCAAUUUUCACCGUUACAGUCCUUCCAGAAGAUUCCUUUCGGCACCGUACGCGGGUACGGGGUAUUUACCCACGGUAAUCAGACCGCCCCCGGAUUAUUUGUCACUCGUGGGGCCGGUACAUGACGUCUACAAGAACGAGAGUACCACGGCUUCUUCGCCAGGAUCUAAUACCGGCUCUGAUAAAACGAGCUACUCUGAAUAACACCAGUUUUAGGAUAAUAUGAAUAAAUGUAAGUGUCAGUUGUGGAUGAAUGGUUGUAAGAGGUUCAGUUGAUGGAUAAAUUUAUUAUUAUACUAUUAAUAUCAAUAUGUUGGAUGUAUUUAAAAAUUUGCAUUUGAACACAGUUUAAAAAUCAAGUG